UUUAUGAUGUGGUACAUGAUAGAUGUGUGUAGUCAGAGGGAGAGGGAGUGUGUGUGUGUGUGUGUGUGUGUGUCUGCAGGGGAGGUGUGUGUAUAUGGUGGCGGUGAGGGGGGGAGGCUAAAGCAGGAAAAACUUUCCUCAGUAGUUCCACCUCUCAAUCUGACAGCAGAAGCUCGCCGUUUCCUCCUCGACUUGCACCAGCUUGUGGCAGCCAUGUUGACAGCAUGUUUGAGGCUGCUGUUGUUCCUCCCUUUGGUUUGCUGCAUCCCCUCCUCCACCAGACCCUCGUCCAAACAAUGCAGGCGWUGCUGCGACCAACUGGACCCCCCAGCAGCUUCAGCUCAUUACCAAAUGCCUGAAGUCAGAACUGUUAUCAACAUGACMAUCCUGAAAGGUGAUAAAGGGGACAAAGGAGACAAAGGCACUCCUGGCAAACCGGGGUUAGAAGGCCCUUCUGGCUACCGAGGACUCACAGGACCUAAAGGCAGCAAAGGCCAGGCAGGUGCCCCUGGAGAUGCCUGYAAGAUCCCUCACUCUUCCUUUUCUGUGGGGCGUCGCAAGGCCCUGCACAGCGAGGACUACUACCAGGCGCUGAUUUUUGACACGGUGUUCGUCAACCUGCUCGAGCACUUCAACAUGUUCAAAGGCAAGUUCUACUGCUACGUYCCUGGGAUUUACUUCUUCAACGUCAACAUCCACACCUGGAACUUCAAGGAGACCUACCUCCACCUGAUGCACAACGACAAGGAGCAGGUGAUCCUGUACGCUCAGCCCAGCGAGAGGUCYAUCAUGCAGAGUCAGAGUGUCAUGCUGAAUCUGGCUCUGAAUGAUGAAGUCUGGGUCCGGCUGUAUAAAAGGGAGCGGGAGAACGCCAUUUACAGCGAUGACGUGGACGUUUACAUCACCUUCAAUGGAUACCUGGUGGCACCGAGCAUCCAGUAAAACGUCUGAGAGUGGGAAUUAACUGAAGGUUGGCAGAACAGACAUCCAGUUUGGAAUAUCCCCCCCUGUUUUUUGUUGUUUUUUGCCACUGAUAAUKUGUGGCAGAAAAAUCGCUUUAAAUAGGAUCCAAGAAAUGACUGGUGCUUAGUAAGUAUUUCUUUCUUAGAAACAAAGUUUUGUAAAGGAGAGGUGGCCAAAAUGGAUAAAUCCAAAUGAACAUUACUAAAAGGGAAGGUAGCACUACAUUAGUGGCAAUAAAUAGAAACAUUUUUUUUGCACUAGAAAUACAUUUUUGUACAAAAUCAUCCUUUAUUUUUUUUUUAGAAAAGUGUGCAAGUUUUGGGUGAAGAUGAUCCCAAAAAAUUCCUUUUAUCAUCAUGCUAACUGGCUGAUUGAAUGCUUUCUAGUCGUUCAGUCUUACACAAUAAAACCAAAUUAACUGAGCAUAAAAAAGCCAAAAUAUCUCAAUAAUGAUCAAAGGUGUCAUGUUUUCCAAUGCACACAUAAAUCAGGGGUUUGACUAUUACCGGUAAGUGUCGUGUGUUUUUACGAUGCAGGUUACAAACUGCAGAGCAGUUUCUGUAAAUAAUUGUAUAUUAACCGUCUUUAAYGGCUUUCAGAAUUGAUACCACUAACACUCUGUUGGUGCUAUAAACAAUUUGUAGACAUUUUUUUGUCUUUAUUAUAGUCAAGUCAUUAUGUGCUCUGUGUCAGCGAACAACAAGGCAUGCAAUUUAAAAAAAAGUGUUUUUUUAAUUUCACUUGACUUAAGUGUUCUGAUUUUUUAAAAUAAAUACAUUUUAUG